CAAAUUUGAAAGUUGCACUUUUGGGGUUUUUAUUGGAGUCUCUGUGAGUAUUAUGUUCUCUGUGCAGAUUGUAGUUUUAUGUUUCUUAGCUAAGUAAAUUCAAGUGGAUAUCAUUUUGGUCUGAGUUCUUUUGGUGGAAUGUCAUUAGAAGACCAUUCUUCUUACCAUUACCCUUCAAAUAGAAGAGACCAUUGUUCUAAUUUCCUUUUUUUUUUCCGGUGAAAUAAAGUUAUUUUUAUUAAUACUAGCAUCCAGAAGAUGCAUAAUUACAGAAGUGUUGGCGGCUCCUAUGCAAAACUCGGGGAACCAAAAAAACAGAUUCACAUCAGUUACAUCCCUGUGUUUACUCCCAAAAAAUAAAAAGGUUCAAUUGCAUUCCAUUGCUCUAAUUUCACGUGGUUUAACCUCCAUUGACCACCAUGCUGGUGUCAAAAGCAUGUGCAAGUUGUUCAUUUACUCGACCCUAGUUACCCACAGAAAUUUGCCAACUAGUAUACAACAUGGUAGUAUACAUAAAAAAUACAAGUGAAAUGAAAAAUGAUCUUUUAAUUCUUUCUUCAUCAUUGCCGCUAUCAUGUAACAGUUAUUUAAUUGUUAUUGCUUUCAUCAAGUAUGUGAAUCCCACCUAUCGAUAAAAUACUUGUGACAUGGGUUUAUAUGGGAAAGGAUCAAAGCCUAUCUGGAUCAUCUGUAUAUUAGCCCGUGAACAGAGGAAACUGAAUGCUCGGGAUUUUAUGGCUUAUCAAGUUUCUUUCUGUCCUACUAGAUACUUUAGUUAUUCAGUCUUUUAAAGUCCUAAGAAACACCUUGGUUCUCAUAAUUUAUUUCUCUUUCUCCUUAAUUUGUGGCAUUUCCAACUAAAAGGCGGUCUGAUAGUUUCUGUUGACCUGCCUUUUGAUGCUCUGGAUUUUGUUUUUCCAUGUACAUUCCCUUGCAUGGAUGAAAUUUCUUCAUAAUGUGGUGGUUGAAAAAAUUUCACUGAUGCCCACCUCUUUCUUUCUCUUUUUGUUGGUUGCAGGGGAUGGCUGUGCUACGGCUUUGCACUAUUGCUCACCUUUUUUGCUGUCUUUUUGGUAAUUACUCGCUGUUUUAGUCAAGGCAAGACAGUUGAUGAACUAAAAGUAAUAACUCCACCUCCAAUGAAUGCCAUGGAGCAACUUUUGGCUGUUCAAACUGCAAUAUCUCAAGCUGAAGAAGUGAUCCAGGACGGAAACAUCGUUCUUCUCAAGUUCCGCGCUUUACUUUUGUCCAUCUUCCCACAGGCAAGCGAGAAGUUAGUGGGUGCUCUUUUGGUCUCGGCACUAGUUUUGGCAUUCGUACCUUCGAGAUACAUAAUCCUUAUGAGUUUCCUGGAACUCUUCACAAGAUACUCACCUCUUCGGAAAGCAAGCACAGAAAGAUGGAGUAGGAGACUAAGGGAGUGGUGGUUCAGUAUCCCGGCAGCUCCUGUAGUUCUUGAAAGAGCCAAAGAAGACAAAAAGAAGAGAUGAUGAAGUUUUUUGUACAUAAACAAAUAUCCAUCAUCCUAGAGAGUCUCCUGUGACUGUAAAUUUGUGUUAUAUGAGAAAGUAAUUAAAGAAGAAAUCAGAUUGGCCUUGAGGUCUCCAUUAAUGUCUGCUGUUGGUUAUGUAUCAUUGCCUCUGGGGAUUGGAAACUCGGUCUGUUGUACCCUACUGACCAUUUAAAUACUGUAUUGCUUUGUCCAAUCUUCCAAGGGAAAUAGCAAUGACUUAUUGUAGAAAUCAAUGAUGCUGCUUUUAAUGAAAUCCAUAGCUUGUCUUGUUCAAGGUAAA